UUGGUUUGUUAUUUCGGUGUACAAUUUUUAAAAAGAAUUUGUUGAUUAUUUUGCCUAUAAAUAAUACGCAAAAUUAAUUUCUCAUAGAAUUCUAUAUUCAUGAUAAAAUUGUGAACAAGAAAAAUUAAAUUAUGCUGCACUGUGGGACGGUCCACCAGUCUGACAGCAGAACGCGUUGACAGUUGAAAGACCGUUCCUUCACCGCGUUUUGGACCGCCCCUCCAGGUAGGCAGCAGCACUGCCCCGAUAGCUGCCCGUUUCUCGCUGGUGCUAAUCCGCGCUUCAUCGGAUGAUUCGAGUGCAGAAAACGCUCAAGAGGUGAACACACAUAUUUUGCGUCAAUUACUUCGCCCGCGGAAGGUCAGCCCAUACAAAGUGUGUGUGAGAGAGUGCGUGCGUUUGAGUGUGUGUAUCUGUGCGCAUCGUAGACGGGUCGGUAUGAUAGGACAGAUCUAAGCAAGGAACUUUGCUUGACCCCAAUACAAGAAUCAUAAUCAUAGUGUGCCGCAUUGCUCAUUCUACCAAAAACGCACGACCCCACCCCCCAACAAACAUGUCUCAGUCCAAGUUGAAGCAAGUGUUUAGCUACCAAUCGUGGGUACACGCGGUAUCCGGAUCGGCGGGUAGCGUGAUUGCGAUGUCAGCCUUCUAUCCACUGGACACCGUACGCAGUCGUCUGCAGUUGGAAGAACCCGAACGGCGCAUAGCGCUCAGCACGUGGCGCGUCCUCCGCAGCCUGAUCGACGAGGAGGGCUUCGAAACGCUGUACCGCGGCCUGGUCCCCGUGCUCGAGAGCCUCUGCAUCUCCAACUUUGUCUACUUCUACACCUUCCACAGUCUGAAGGCACUGCGGGGAGGGGGCGGUCAAUCCGCCUUCGGAGAUCUGCUGCUCGGAUCACUGGCCGGUGUAGUGAACGUACUAACCACAACACCAUGCUGGGUAGUUAACACACGACUAAAGAUGAAAGGGCUCGGCCAGCAGCACGGCAAACGGGCAAACGGUCCAGUCGCCUCCGGCAGCGACGUACAGUACGACGGUUUGCUCGACGGUCUACAGUACAUUGCCCGGACGGAGGGCGUACGGGGGCUGUGGGCUGGCGCAGUACCAUCCCUCAUGCUCGUCAUCAAUCCCGCCAUCCAGUUCAUGGUGUACGAGUCGCUCAAGCGUCGCCUGACCGCAGCUGGAAACGCCAAAUCAUCACCCUCCGCCAUCACGUUCUUCAGCAUAGGCGCGGUCGCAAAGAUGAUCGCCACCGUGCUGACCUACCCGCUGCAGCUGGUACAAACGAAACUGCGCCACGGGAACACGGACCGCAGUCUGAACCUACCGCCCAACGUCGACACCGUGCAGAUGCUGCUGAUCAUCCUGAAGCGCCAGGGCGUUGCUGGACUGUUCCGUGGGCUGGAAGCGAAGCUGCUGCAAACCGUGCUUACGGCAGCCCUUAUGUUUAUGGCGUACGAAAAGAUUGCCCGGUUUGUCACGUCCCUGCUGCUGACGAAGGGUGGCGUCACUGCGGUACGACACUGAGGUGGGGUGGGGGGGUUUGAGAACCAAAAUUUUCCAAAACGGCUCUACCAAACAGUCGCUGUUUGUGACUCUCUGUCUGUCUCUCUCUCUCUCUCUCUAUCUGCAUCCUUUUAUUUUCGGGUGGCUAUUGGUGGCAUGCUUGGCAGGGAAUGAACCGAAAACCAUCGGUUUAUCCGUGCCGCACCUAGUCUAGUCUUGGACGAACAAAGUUUUAUUUAACGGUUUAAUUGUAUGUUUCUACCAUUGGCCCUUCUACUAUGUUCGACUACUACUGUGAUGAUGAUGAUAAUGAUGAUAAUAGUAAUCGACCCUUACCGGA